ACUUCAUGAUUAAUUUUCUUUACUUUUGGUGAAUGGUUAUAAAUUUGUAAUAACAAAUAGAAUAUAUAUGUAUACUACACUUGGUAAUACUAUGUCCUCAUUAAGAAUAGUGUUGUGGUCAUGUUAGUGAGUUAACACUUCAUUUUGACUAGAUUGACCAAGGUAUGUUGUAAUUUACAGUAUUCGAAAUAACCUGGUAGCCCGGGGCUUGGUAAAAUUGGGAGCAGGCAUUUAAAAAUUCCAAAGGCAGUAGCCCGCCAGGCAUGUCCAAUAUUAUGCAAUAAAAUUGCUUUUCUUUUAAUCAUCAGACACGUUAGUUCUAAAGUCAAUCCAUACAGCCGAUCAUUCUCAUUUAGAAUAUUACAUAGGUACCUCCUGCAAAUAACACUUUUUUGUACAACUUCACAUUUGAAAUAUAAAUAGUAGUCAUGCAGACAUUUUUAGUAAGAUGUCAACAUGUAGUAUUAGUACUAAGUAAACACCGCUUAAUUCACACAGAUGUCAGAUGCAGCAUGCAAAGUUGACAUUCAAAAUGAUACGUGACCAAAAAUACAGCACUGCAUGCGGCAAUUAAAGCUGGGUAAAAUAACAAUGACAAAUAGACAAACCCCAGAGCCUAGCGAACAUAUACGGUGGAAACAAGAGGAAAGAAUGAUAAACAUUACAUGCGAUAAUAUUAAACAAACUUCAAACUUUUUCUGGAUCUUUUUGUUUUAUCGAGCGGCAUGAUAAUUUUUGUUCAGUCAGGUGAAAUUGAUAGAAAUAUCUGCCUGAGGGGCAUGUAUUCAAUAAUAGUUUAUGUGAAAACUGAAUUCAGCAUGUAUAUAGUAUUAUGAUUUUUGUAUAUAAAUAUACCCAGCAUUAAAGAUGUAAUACAUUGUGUUUUAAAGUUGAUCUAGAAGUUUUCUGAUUUGUUGAAAGCGUCUUGAAAAAGGGGUCUAUCUUGUUUACGUGCACCCAAAAUAAAUUUUCGUAUUCAGAUUUGCUUUAUUUCUUCAGAUUAAGACUGGCCCCAUUAUCUUAAUUGGUGUUUUUUUUUUUAAUGUUGUCAGAUUAUGCUUUAUCAUGAUUCAUGAUCAUCAUGUAUGUGUAUAUCAAAAGACAUAAAUCGUGAUACAGUUUGUUUUUAAAUGAGAGGAUUUGUGUUACUGCGGAUUACAGAAUCAUGAAAGCAGGGGUCAGAUACAUAACCAGUUUGAUAUUGGUCAUACAUGAUUGUAUGGCUGUGUUUGUACGAUUGUAUUAUCCAGCCACCCUACAUCUUAUGUAUCGAGCAUUUCCUGCUUCUUGUAUGUGUGUGUUAGUACUGUGUAGUAGCAUUAAGAUAUAUCCUGUCCUCUGAACACGAUGAAGUGGUUCCUUUAGUAGGACACACACACACACACAGAUAUAUAUUUAUCUAUACUACUGUACUGUCUACCUUUUUUUGAACAUUCCACCAUGAUGAUUCAACAUUCUGAUCUUAUCCUGUUUUUUGAUGAAUUGAUUGAAAUCAAAAUUACAAUCAUUUUUAUCUCCUUCUCAAAUUGUGCAUCGAUAGACAUAUUUCAGUUUUGUAAACAUUAAUAAUGAAUCAUGAUGAAGAUUUACAGAAACUUGAAUGAUGAUAGCUCAUUAUAAUUAUAUAAAAGAUUGAAUAUUUUGAAUAUUUUUCGGCAACAUAUAUCCAUGUACUUUUUAAAGAUGCAAAUCAUUAAUAAAAUGAUAUAAUAAAUUUAUACUUGUACUAUGUUUGUAGAACUCCCAUGAAAAGGAGCAUGAAAAAGAGUACAUGUACAGGGUAUUUCCCAGCUUUUAGCAGAAGCUUACUACGAUUGUAUCCAUGUUAUAUAUGAACCAAAUAAAAGAUGGAAGUUACGGUGGUUUGUGUUACUGGAGGAACAGUUAGUGUGUACUCACAAAAUGCAUCAUUCAAUGGUGGUGGACAUCAUUCCCCUUCAAGGUGCCUCAGUUGUUUGUCCAAUCUCUGAUCCCCAGCUGAAUUCACCGGGCACCUUCAAGAUCAGUACCCCGGGCGGUGAUGAACUGUUUUAUCAGGCGGCUGGAAAACAAGACAGGGACGGAUGGGCUCAUGCUGUAGGGGCAGUGAUUCGGUCACUCAGCGGAUCUAAACAGGACUCGGAACAACCAAUCCCAUUCACAGCUUUCAGGGCGACAGCAAAUGUCAGUGAAAUAUUGGGAGCCAUGCAGGACCCUGAUGCUGGGGUAAACCUGGGAAGUCACGUCCGCAACGGUGCUGUUCACAAAAACUGCUUCACAGGAAGUGCCGUUGUAGACUGGCUGAUACGAUGGUCAAUCAUCAGAAAAAGAGAGGACGGGGCAGCUAUGAUUCAGACUCUGCUAAAAUUAGGUCACGUACAGGAAGUUGACAUCAAUGACGGGGCACUUGGAGCUUCCAAAAAAUUCAGUGACGGAGACAAGCUGUAUCGAUUUUCUUCUCUGAAUCUUGGAACCAAGAGGAACAGUUACGAUGACAGCACAGACAGCGACACAAGCUCCUCGGAGGAUGAGGAAGAUGAAACUCAGGAAAACAAACUUCGCAAGGGCAAAGUCCUCAGAGCAUCCUUCCUGUCUAAAAAGAAAAGUAUCAGGAAGGACUGGCGGAUUGUCAGAGUGACCUUGAGAGAGAAUCCAUCCUCCUUGGAGUACUCAAGAGUUCUGAAUGAUCACACAAAAAAAGGAAAGAUUAUUGACGUGGAAGUGGUGAACACUGAAGAAGCCAAGAAUGACUGUUUAGCUUGUGGCCAGGACGCUGCAGAAACAGCCAGACUGAAGAAGAGAAUUGUUCUAAAAGACAGGAAAGGAAAAUGUUAUAUCUUCAAAACCAAGGACGAGCAGGAAAAGCUAGAGUGGCUUCCCCUUUUACAGAGUCUUGGCCGAAAAGCCACAGUAAAUUCUCAGUAAUUGCAAUGAAAUCUUUAAAACAGUUCGAGUUUACAAUUCAGAAUUGCUCAGAGUAUGAAUCAGUCAUAAAUAAAUAAUUUUUGAAAGUAUCACAUAAGGAGAGAAAAAAAACACAUUUGCCAUGGUUAUUUUAUGCUCUCUUAUUGAAACUUCAAAUGAAUUAAAAUAUUAUUUUCUGAGAUUAUUAGAAUUUCGAAUUAAGAGAAUUUAGGAGUUUAGGUUUGAAAGUAUCCAAAAAAUAUAAAUUACAUUCAUUUAACCAAAAAAAAAAAAAAUGAAAUGCAAAUUACUCUAUAUAUAUUGAAAAAUACAGAAACUGGAGUUUACAGAUUCUUUAAUCAUGUACGGUAUAUAUUCAUGUAAUUCUAACUACAAAAUAUUAAAGAUAAAAUUUAUACAUACACUUAGUAGUAAUUAAGAUUGUUUGUAGUAAAGUGAAGAAAAAUCUGUGAUAGCAUGACAUUUGUAUAGAAUAAUAUGCAUAGGACUAUGUGUGGAUGAAGAACUAGGUUCACAAAUGAUAUACUGUCAGUAAUUUGGUUGGAAUGAAAUUAUUUGCUGUUAUAAAUAUCUGUAAACAAGCUUGUUUUGGAUGAAAUCACAAAAAUUUGAUGCAAUUCUGAUGCAUUUUACUUCAGCAGUUAACUCUAUAGAUAGAAACAAUAGUUUGGGGCCUUGUGGGAACAGUUAUGUUGAAAGUUACCCACUGACAUUUUGUUUGGUCUUUAUGAACCUGCUUCUUUCCACCCGGAGCCAAUGUUGCAGCCUUAAUCAAUCUCAGAAGUCCAAAGUUCCAUAACUCUUGUAUGGCAUCACUGCAUUUUACACUGCAACAUAUUUUUUGAUAGCUAAUAUUGUUAAAUUCACACCAUUUGACACAAUUAAGCUGUCAAUAAUUUUGUAUUUUAUCUCUUACUGAGAAAUAUACCAGAUCAUCCCAUGUGUUUGCCAUUUGUAUGGGCAUUGUUAAUACGUAGCUGCACUAGUCAGAUCAUUGCGGGAAGGUUAGAAAACUUCCCACGAAACCAUAUUGUUUACUGCAUGGAAUAUAAUUAUGUAAACCGACAAAUGUACUUGGAUGUUUUUAUGUGAAGAGAGAAACUGUGUAAAGAUCUCAGUGAAACCAGACCUAAACAAUAGUAUAAACCAUUCUAAUGUGAUAUGCAUUAUAUUCUAGUAUAAUAGUAUCUUGGAAGUCUUUCAAUAUUUCACUCAUUUCAUUGUGAACAUUACUCAGUUUGAUGACUUUGUGAGUCGUAUAGUCUAAAGAGUAUGGUUAUUUGUUAUUUAACCACGAAUAUACUAAUUAUUAUUAUCUUUGUGAUAGGAGGAGGUAUACUGUCAUAGAAUAGUGUGUAUGAAUGCGUAACCGGCUGAUAUAAAAUGUGGAUGUGGCGUUUCAUUAAUUAGUAUGUUCAGUUGCAAGGCGAUAUUCUGCUUUUCGGUGCUUUUGUUAUAUUUGACUUGUGAGUACAUUUAUAUAACUAUUUUUAUCUAAUUUACUGCUUUUUUCAUUUUCAUAUGUGUUUUCUACAUUGUGGUGUACUUGGGGGAAAAAAUCUUGCCAUAUUAAAAGCAGUUGUUUACUUAAUGGUAUCUGUAAUUUUAAUUUUUCAUUCACUUUUCUUCAAAUUCUGUUGUAUCAGUUAGCCCAUUAAUUCAUGUAUUGAAUCUGACAUGACUGGCUGCACGCAUAAAGUCAGGUUAUAUUUGUGUGAACUUAUAACACUGUGCUUAGUUUUUUGCUUCUAGAAAUAUGUGUAACAUUCCUGUUGAGUGCACCCUAUGUGGUGCCUAGAUUUGGGAAAUAAUGAAUAAAACAAUACACAGUAGAUAAAGUCCCACCAUAGCCAUGUCCAAGAUGUACGCCGGCGUACAGAAUGGUUCUCAAAAAAUUCUUACACUCUCCUUGUGUCGGUCAUUGUGUAAAAGUCAACUUUGAAGACCGUGUUACGAUUAGAAAUCGUGGGUGACAUGCAUCAACGCAAGCUAUUUUCAGGCCCAAGAUCAAAAGAAUAGCAUUAUAGAUUAGAUAAGUGAACUUAAUUAUAGCAUUAUAGAUUAGAUAAGUGAACUUAAUUAUAGCAUUAUAGAUUAGAUAAGUGAACUUAAUUUUACUACAUGUAGUACCUUGUUCUAGUAGUACCUGAUUCUUAUCGUGCAGGAUUUAUAUAGUUAGAAUACAGUUAGAUUAGUUUGAUACAUGUAUAUAUGCAGUGUAUUGUAGUAUUUGUAAAUGACUACCGAGUAUAAUAUAUCAGAAAGACAGUAGUGUAAACAAAGAAAUCCCACAGCAUUAUAACGUAUUAUUGUCGGAAUAAUCCAUUUUUUUUUUCUGUUUUUUUUUUAUGUAUUAGCAAGAUCUUGUUUUAUUCCAGUGUAGCUGCGUACAUGUAAAUGCCUUUUGGUGUUCAGUUUAAAUUAUUAUAGCAUAUAAAAAUGCUUUUUAAUUUCAGUAUUUUUGUUUAUAUGUAUAUGUUAAAAUCUUAGGCAUCAACUUUAUAUACACUAAUUAACAUGUAGUCACUUUAGGGUUUUUUGAUAUUUUCUCAAAAUUUAAUGAAUUACAAUGUACAUGUAGUAUAUAUAUAUUUUUCAAAAAAGUCUUACAUUUGUUAUAUGUUGACAAACGAUGACAUAUUUCAAUAUAGGGUCAGCUAUAUAGAACAUUUUAUAAACAUCAAUGAAUACGCCAGUUUUGAGAUACAAACUCUUCUGUGUAGGAGGUGCAUUUAGUGGAAAUUUGAAUGCCUAAGUGGGACAGAGUAGACCUACAGUGAAUGAGGAAGAUAGUUAAAUGUAGUAAAAGCGGCUUCUCUUUGAAUGUGUAAAUGUGGGAAAUACUAAAUACUAUCGAAAGAAAUGUUUUACCGAAGUGGAAAUAUAGAAACAAUGUCAUAUUUGCAAGUAAUAUCUUAGAUAUGGUACUUAUGAGCAACGAAAUAACGUGAUAUGAUAAGAAUUCUAUGUAUUUAAAUACUCCUUGAAUACUUAUCACUUACUUAGUUUGUGUAUCAGUCAAAUUUGGGGGAUCAAACAGCUUUUGAGAAACUUACUGAGUACAUUCACUUACACAGUGAUGGAUAUUUGUCCCACUCCCGCAUGUAAACAAAUUGUUUCGCGCCUCACUAUGUACGAGAGUUCUCCAAAGGGAAAUAACUCGGAUAUAUCUCGAAACCAGCGUAUUCAUUCCAAUUAUUUGCAAACAUGCAGUUUAUUUGAAUACUGACGUUUCCUGUUCAAUCUUUUGGCUGUAGCCAUGUAUUACGAAAAUUGAGAAUAAGAAUUUUAAAAAAAAAGCAUUUAAUAGUCUGUGUACUUUUUCACCUAAAUAUUUGUUUCAAGUGGAUCUGCUGUCUAUUUGUAAUACAGUUUUACUAGAUACUGACAUGGGUAGGUGUGACACCUACAAAUACUCAUGUCAGUAUUUAGUAAAACAGACAAUGAAUUAGUAACAGAUUUUUCUAUCAAUGAUAAUGGAAAAUGUCUCAGGAUAACCUCUGGUCAGUCUACAAAGUUGAUGGGUGAGGGGAAUUUUGUUUAAAUGUACAUGUAUGUAUAUGAAAAUUAUUUUGUUUUAUAUUUUUGUUGGAUGCACCAGAAUUUUAAUUUCUUAACCAGUGUUCUUUGCUGUGCAAUAUCAAGAUGUAGUUAUGGUGCUUUUCUUAUUGUUCAUUUAUGAUAAUAAACAGUAAAAAGUUUGUAACAUC